AUGUCUUUCCUCACUCCUCUUCGAAACAGCACCCGUCAAAUCCCACGAUCCCUCCUCACCCGGUCGACGGCUGCUUCAAUUCACACCUCUACCCCACGAUUCAGCCUCAAGGAAUCCGAUAAGAACCGUGAUGAUCUACCAAACAUCUAUGAAGCACAAAAGGUUUCCCAGUUGAAGAGGGUCAAAGAAGGGAAAGGGAAAUGGGAGCCCGAGCUUGCGAGCAACAGCGAGGCUGAUGUCAAGGCUGACCGAGGCGAAGUCGAGUACGAUAAAGCCUUCCAGGAUUUGCAGGAGAAAGAGAAGGCUAGGAAGGCGAAGGCUACCUGA